AUGGGAUUGUCACCGGAAGAAGAACAUCCUGUUAAGGCCUUUGGCUGGGCAGCAAGAGACUCUUCUGGUCAUCUCUCUCCUUUCAACUUCUCAAGAAGUUAUGUCGUUCGAUUUCCUGAUAAUAUAUUACUUCAUACUGCUCCACCUUUACUAUGUGCUGGAAUUACAGUAUACAGUCCAUUGAAAUACUUCAGACUUGCAGAAUCAGAAAAGCAUGUUGGUAUUGUAGGCCUCGGUGGCUUAGGUCAUUUAGCUGUUAAAUUUGCCAAAGUAAUGGGGGCCAAAGUUACUGUCAUCAGUAGCUCACUUAGUAAGAAAAUUGAUGCCUUGGAACGUUUAGGUGCUGAUUCUUUUUUGCAUAGUAGUGACCACGACGAAAUGCAGGUAUGCGCAGGCUACGAUGUUAGAUAUGUGGUUGACGUUUCUGUUUCUCAUCCUAUCACACCAUUAAUUGACCUACUCAAGUCUCAUGGACAACUUGUCUUAGUGGGUCCAGACAACUCACUAGAAUUACCAACCUUACCUUUGACGAAAGGAAGAAAAACUGUAGCUGGUAGUGCAUACGGAGCAACAUAUGAGAUUCAAGAAAUGAUUGAUUUUGCAGCAAAACACAAUAUAAAUGCAGAUGUUGAGGUUAUUUCAGUAGAUUAUCUUAACCAGGCUACAGAACGACUCGCUAAAGCUGAUGUUAGAUAUCGAUUUGUGGUUGACGUUGGCAAUACCUUGUCUUCUAUAAAUUCCACAUUUAACUAA